GAUUCCGAGCCGGCCACCUCGGCGCAUGACCCCAGCAGCCCCCACGGACUACCCUACGAGUCCGCCGGCCGAGUCGCCGGGAUUGGGCGUCGCGGAAGGCGACCCCCCGACGCGGGUGCCGGCCCUGUUGAUGACGAGACGAUGGUGGCUUGCGCUUGCGCUCCUCUGCCUGCCGCAGACAGCCGGCGAUGAGGUCGUCGCGCUGCAGCUCGCGGGCUGCAACUCGGACUGCGGGCGCGUCGAGGUGAAAUUCGCGCCGGGCGGCGCCUGGCGCGGCGUCGCGGCGUCGAAUUGGACCCUGCGCGAGGCGACGGUCGUCUGCGCGGCGCUGGGCUUCCCGAGCGCGGCGUCGGCGUCGGCGGCCUUCGGCGGCGGGCGCGGCGCGGGCCCCGUGGCCUUCGCCGAGCCCUGCGGCGGCGGCGGCGCCGUCGGCGGCCUCUGCGCGCGGCCGUGCGCCACGGCCGAGGAGUGCGCGGCGCCGGCCGCGGGCGUGUCCUGCCGCGCGGGCCGCGCCGCGGACCCCGCGGCGCUCGCGGCGGCGCGCAAACUCGUCGCCUCCUGGCCGGCGCCGCCGCGCGCCGACGUUUGUGGAGAGGCGGACGCGGGACCCGCGGCGGCGAACCCGUUCGACGCGGCGAACCUCGGCGCCUACGUCUUCGGCGACGCCCUCGCCGGCGCCUGGGCCGCGAGCCGGGCGCGCGUCGCCGGCCGCCUCGGCGGCGCGCUGGGGCGCCUCGUCGCGGCGGGCGACGUCCGGGCCGACGCGCUCGGCGUGUCGCUCGACCGCGCGGACGCGGCGGGCGCGGCGCUCGCGCGGGCCGCCUACCUCGCCGACGACCCCAACGGCCAGUUCCACUGGGAACUCGACGGGCCGCUGCCGCCGCCGGCGGACCCGCUGGGGGCGGCGCUGGCGCGCGACGGCGUCGCGGUCGUCGACGACUGGGGUUUCGGCGACGUGGCGCUCGACGCGCUCGCGCGCGACGCCGAGGAAAGCCUGCGCGGGCCGCCGUCGGCGUUUCUCUCCGUGACGUCCGGCGGCGCCGUCGCCACGGCGCGUAUGCGGCUGCCCGCCGUCGAGGACUUUCUCGCGCGCAACGCGACGCUCCGCGCGGCCGUGGAGUCGUACCUCGGCGCGGACGCGGCCCUCGACGGCUACAAGGUCACGCGCCUCACGACGCGGGGCGAGGACGAGGGCGCCUACAUCGCCGGGCUCUGGCACCACGACCGCGUCGGCCGCCGGCUCAAGCUCUUCGUCUACCUCCACGACGUCGACUGCGACGACGGCCACCCGACGCUCGUCGCGCGCGGCACGCACCGCCUGCGGUACUACCGCACGGACAGCUUCGCGGCGAGCCGCUUCGAGGACGCCUACGUGCGCGGCGCCUACGACGUCGUCGCCGCGUGCGGCCGGCGCGGCGGCGGCUUCCUCUUCGACACGCACGCGGUCCACAAGGGCACGCCCGAGGGCGCGCGGGACCGCACGACGGUCAUCGCCGAGUUCCACAGCGCGGCGAAGUGCCCCGCGCUCGAGGCGCUCGGGCUCGGGCUGCCCUGCCCGAGCGGGGACCAGCUCGUGUUCGAGAUGGCCGGCAACGACGAGGCCGUCGCCUGCGUCUUUGCGUACGAGGGCACGUUCUUCCGCCUCAUGUCCUACCAGUACUCCGAGGACCUCGCCACCGUCAACAUGAACAUGCAGAUCGAGUUCAACGUUAAGGACUCGGAGUUCACAAGAGAGGCCACGGUCCGCGACGUCGCCUGCAUGGUCGGCCUGGGCUUCCUCACCUCCUCCAUGGUCGGCGUCCUCCCCGUCUUCUCGACGAAGAUCGUGGACAUGGCGCCGGACGGCGCGACGCCCGCCGCCUACGCCUCUUUGACGUACUUCGAGUCCUACCUGCCCGCGGACAAGCAGCGCAAGUUCCGCAAGCUCAUGACGUACGCCUUUGCGAAGCAGCUCAUCAUGCACCGGCCGACGCGCCUCAAGUCGAACCGCAAGCGCGUCCACGACCUCAUGGACAACGCGCAGAGCGUCAUCCAGGCCGCGGUCUUCACGAAACUGAAGGCCCGCGUCAACGACCCGCAGUUCAAGGAGGCGCUCCUCGCCAAGAACUGGCAGGAAUGCCUCAAGUGCUUCGGCGAGGACUACGUCAACAAGAAACCGCCCGUGCAGCAGAUCGGCACGAACUUCGACAACUCGUCGAACUAA